AGAGGAACUUGAUUUAAAUCUGUACAUUGCCCAAGGCAAGGAGCAGAGGGCAUGGAUAAAGAGAAGUCUCAGCAGAAGGCUCUGAAGCAAACUAAGCAGAAGAAAUCCAAGUCGGCUGAAUUUCUGAUGGCUGAAGAGGGCAGAGAUGCUGCAGCAGGCACUGGGAACCCAGCCUUUAACAUGAGCAGUCCGGAUCUCUCAGCAUAUCAGACUUCAGAAAAAGAAGUGAUUAGAGAUGACAUGUCGGAUCGCACCCUUGCAACUCACCAAGGAAAACUUAAGCUGCUUGCCUUUGCUGAACCAAAAGGAAAUGAAUACAGCAGAAAUUACUUUGACCCACUGAUGGAAGAGGAAAUAAACCCAAGGCAGUGUGGGAUGGAGGUCAGCAGAGAGGUUUGUUUCAUGACUAAAGCAGAGAAAGCAGAAUCAGAAGUGGAAAAUACAGCUGACCUUUCAGAGAAAGAUGCAAAGAAUAUUUCUGCAUCAAUGGAUGACCAAGAUUGUCCUUCUUUCUCCCAUAACACAGCUGGAAGCAUUGCCAAUAAAAUGAGUCUUUGUGCUACAGACUACGAUCCCAGUCUCCAUAAAGAAGACUAUGAAUUACCCUCCAAGGAACAUGGCCUGACUGAUCAUCCCACAAAGAAAAAAUUAAUGUUUGGGAAAACUAAAGAAAUUGAAGAUUAUUCACAGGGAAUGUCUUAUUUGGAAGAACUAGAGAAGCACAGAUACUCAGUAUGCUGCUCAUCUGUUGCUGAGGACACGGGCUCUGGAAAAUUCUCUGGACAUGUCUAUUUUGUGCUGGUGUCAGUGUUUUCAGAACUUCAAUUAGCUAGAUGGCGAAGCCAGGGCUGCUGGUUCAUUUUCCUGCUGAUGGCUGCUGUCUGGUUCCUGAGACUUUACUUGCAUUACCUUGGCCAGUGGCUUUUCCUCGAGGCCAUUUCAACACCUGUUACCAAGUUUGAUUUCUACUCUUACACGGUUGAGCUUUGCUACCCAGCUUCUUCACUUCACAUCAGUGAGGAGUUGCCUGUGGUUGUGAUGGGGCCUCUAACACUGAAUGUAGUCAUGCUUCUUUUGGUCCUGAUCAGAUGGGGCUGUCAGAUGCUGUUUAACAGUUGCCCUGAUGUCUUGUCAAAAGUAAUCAUGGCCAUGGGACUCUGGACACUUCUCGACCCAUUGGCAGUGUUUAUAGUGGAUGCGAUCUUGGGGCGGCUUACACAUAAUGGGGAUGCACCUGUAGCUGAUGCAGUAAAACUCUACUGGGCAUUUAUAAGAACCAAUCAGCCAGAAAUUCUCGGUGUAAUAAUCACAGUGCUAGUCCACAUCCUCCUGUUCAUCAUUUCUUCUUUGAGUUUUUACGUGUUUUGUAUCAGGUUGCACAGUGAUUCUUGGGUCUUGGAUACAUUUCAGCGCAUCCACAGUGAAGAAAGCAAGUUCUUCAUACCAUAUGACUUGGAAAUUUCCAAUCAGGAGCUAAGCUUUAUAGUGAAAAAGUCUGAACAGUGGAGAGGCAUCAAUGGUGAAAGAAGAAAGGUGGCAGUGUAUGAUUACAUCUGGAACAGACAUGGCAUCGAGUCCAGUGUCUCCAGUGGUGAUCUCCAACACCAAAAUGAAACGUAUAUGUCUGUGCUUGGUCCAGGAGAUGUUACUUCUCACAUAUCUGUAUACACCAUUUAUCCCAGUGGCUUCCAAGAGCUCUACCGCCAUUUUCUCAGACUCCCUGGAGGUGCCAUUGUUGAGGUGUUUGGUGAUAUCAGUGGCAUAAAGUAUGUCCACAGUGACGUGGCCACAGCUAUUCAGAAGCACAUAAAUGAAAUGGACACUGUACUUCGGGACUCUUUUGAUGGUAAUACAAGACAAAUUAAAAUUCCUUUAAAAUUAAAAUCUCCUUUCCCCAUGGAAAUUGCUGCUCUAACGAAAGAAUGGGUUUAA